AUGGCUCCCAAGGGUGAUGGCAUAGUUGAGUGGACAGACGAGCUUGAGAAGCUGAUUCAGCACACUGGAGUAGGUUGGGAUGGGCCGACUAACACCGUGAAGGCGAAUCCUGAUAUUUGGGACAAGUUUAUCAAGCCGUGGCAAAGAGCCAUCGAUCUUGCAGAGGGAUCCGGCGACAGUGAUGACCCAACUGAUGAAGCUGAGGAACCUGUCGUUACAGGGUCGAGGCGACGAGUGAGAAAGAGAGGUUCAAACAACAAGUCGCAGUUGCAGGAGUUGAUCGACUUGUACAAGGAAAGUAAGGUGAAGAAGGACAAAGCGAAAAAUUCUACCCCUCCGGAGUCAAAGAAGAGCAAGUCAGUGACGAGCCCCGAGAAACCAGCACAGAACAGCAUCGAGAAGCCAUGCUCGUCAUCUUCAAUGGAAGAGGAUUAUGGCAAGCAUUGCAUCGGGGCAAUUGAUGAGACUCAUGUUAAAGCUAUUAUGCCAGCUUCGGUGAGAGGCGCGUAUCGUGAUCGAAACGGUGACAUAACGCAAAAUGUUCUUGCUGUUUGUUCCCAUCAAAUGAUCUUCACUUAUGUCAUGACCGGAUGGGAGGGUUCGGCACACGACUUUAGAAUUCUUUCUGAUGCGGCAACGUUACCGACAUUCCCUGCACCACAAGGCGGAGGGAUGAAGGUGAAGGCUGAUAGGGAUGAAUCUUCACCAUAUGCAGCCAUGCUUGCCUGCACGGGAUGUUUUCUCAGCGCUGCAAGGUAUUAUCUUCUCUGA